AUGGAAUGUCUUGCCCAAAGAGGGAGCGAAGAGCACGUCAACGGUGUAUUUGAAAUAGCAAAAUUCUGGCUAGCCCAUCAUAGACCCAAAAACAUCUCACCAGACGUUUUAGCGAUAGUUGAACAUAAGCCCUCCAAGAAGUUUUUUGUAGGUGCAUCAAUAGCAGUAAGUGACUUUGUAAGGCCUAUCUGUUUGUACAAUCGAAUCACCAAUCUUAAAGAAAGCCUUGGAGCUUCAGGUAUACAUUUCUGUCCUCUGAAUAAUCCAGAUCGACAUGAUUGGAAAUUUUCAUAUGCCUUUAAAACUCAAAGAUAUGAUUCUUUGAAUACUCGGCUUCCUUGUCAAAAUUGUAGGACGUUGUUCCAAGGAGUUCUUUCGGGAAGGGGAGGACCCACAUUUCUUGGUGCAUGUGCAGAGUAUCAUACUGUUAAUGAGCCUCUACCAAAUAAGCAAACUUUGAAGCAUAGUCAAGAUCGGCCCGGAAAGUUAAAACUGGUGAGAAGCUAUAACAAAUGCACGAGUCUCCCCACAAACUACAGAGAUAUGUUGGAAAUGUGCAUUACUGCCUUGGACAAUGGAGACCAAAUUGGAAUGGAGAGAGAAUUCUUGGGAAGUGAUAUACUUUUUUCACACUUUUUGGCCUAA